AUUUGUGCAGAAAAGCUCAGUCAAGGAAUUUAAAAAGGUUGGUAAAUGUAAAAUUGGGUUAUCAAUGAAAAAGAGUGUGGCUCAUAGUUUCAAGACAGUUGUAAUAUAAGGGUAAAGAAGCAGUAUGGUUAGUAAGUCGAAAAAGAUUUUAACAUGUUGUGAUACUUGCGAAAACCAGUUGAAGAUUUCGAAAAAUGGGGCAUAAAAAAAAAAACUAACCCCCUCCCCACCCCUGUUAUAGAUAAACGGUGGAGAAAUUCCAUCCGAGGCUUAUCUUCAGCGCCAAGCAAGGCACCGUCACGUGAUCGACAUAUAUGAAGUGGUCGACACUGGUGAGCAUUAUGUUUACGUCAUGGAAAGACCGGAAGUCUGUAAAAACCUGUUUGACAUCAUACAUGACCGAGACAGUCUGGGGCGACCACUGACAGAGAGAGAAGCCCGACGAUACUUUGCCCAGAUCCUGCAGGCCAACAUCAACUGCGAGGAGACUGGUGUCCUACACCGAGACAGCAAACCAGAGAACAUCCUGGUGGACAUGCGCGCUGAUGAAACCAAGUUGAUUGACUUUGGACUGGCAUCUGAAGUUCAAGAAGAACCUUUCACAAAAUUCAGAGGCACACCACAGUACAUGCCUCCUGAAUUCAAUAAAUCCAAGCAAUAUGACGGCUGUCAGGGCACUGUGUGGCAAAUGGGAAUCCUUCUUGUGGAUAUGUUGUCACCUGUAGUCCCAGCAUUUAAACAUCCACGCCACGCUCUGCGCAUGGCACCUAGAGUACCACACCAGCUUUCACCAGAGGCAAAGAACCUUAUUUACUCGCUGCUGAACGCGACUCCAAGCAAUCGUCCAACUCUGAAACAAACUCUGCAGCAUCCAUGGUUCGCCAUGACAGAAUAAACUUCUAUCAUCACUCGUGAAACACAUCCGUUAUUUAGGCAAUGAACUGAGUUGAAGGAUAAUUAAUAUUAUCUUAAUUACAUAGCUGACUGACCGGCUUCUGAGCCAUUAAAAGUUAACAGUGCAAUUUAGAUUUUUGCACACUAAAGUCAGACCAUAUAUAACAGCUGUGAAUAGAGAUUACUCUAAUAAAAUGGUCGUUAAGUUAUUACAAACUAUUAUACAAUAUCUGCAAAUUAUGAAACUGAUCUAUUAUUGAUCUAAUAAACCGUUUAUUAGAUCAAUAAUAGAUACCUUUCAUGAAUUCGCCAAAUUUGUU